UUCUUUUCUAUUUUCUCAAAAUAUUCUUUUACCUAUUGCUUUGUUUGGUGCCGGUAGUGCUUUGUGUACUCUAAAUUCAGAAAUAUUACAUCCAUUUUCUGUUUCUUUAUUUGGAGCGUCUUUAGCAAUUAUUUGGCCGGCUACUUGGUUCCAAUUUAUUGGCGAAUUAAAUUAUAACAACAUAAAAACAAUAAAUAACCAAAUAUCAACAUUAAUAACAAUAAUAUUAAUUUCUUCACAUUCUGGCCCAUUCAUUUUUCCGUUUAUUUUAACACAAAUUUAUAUAAUUUAUGGAGGUCCAGAACUUUUUACUUCAAUAGAAUUAUUUUUUAUAUUUUUAAUGGUUAUUGCUUUUGUUUGUAUUUUAAAUAUUCGGGCUAAUCAGCAGCAAUCUGGAAGUAACGAAAAUAUAAAUUGUUUUUAAAUAUAUUCUACUUUCUCUUUUUAACAAGCUCUUUCCUAACUAGAAAGUUUAAUUAGGAGUUUGGCUAAAUUAAAAAUUAGUUUGCAGGCCCCAUAUUGGAUAAGUUAGGUUAAGAAAGGGUUAUGUUUUAUGGCGUAUUCACUAGGGAUGGAUUUUUUUCCGCUUCCGUCUUCCCCCUACUUCCAUCUUUUUUUGGGUCUUCCGUCUUUCGCUUUUUUAUGUUCUUCCGCCUUCUGCUUUUUAAAAUACAAAAUUAUUCGUCCUUGGUCCAUCCUUAGUAUA